AUGUUCAAUAUCAUUAAAAAGAUAAAGCAACCCCAAGAAAAUCUUCCUAAAAUCCAAGUAGUUAUACGCAAACUCCUUGAAAAAGUCAUUGAAACUCAAGGACCUCGUAUUGAAGCUACUGAUUUAGCUGCUUUAUUAGCAUACACAGGCAGUGUUGAUGAUAGUGGUGAAUUGAUGUUAGCUAUUACUAUUGCAAUGGAUCGUAAGAGCGAUGAACCUUUAACAAUCUUCAAAUUGCUUAAAAUAAUCUAUGCAUGUUUAGUCAAAGCUCCGACAACAUUUUUACCAGCAGCCCAAGCUUUUGCGCCAGAAAUUCAAACACUCUGUUAUCUUUCAUUCGGAAAACAAGAAGCUGGAUAUCGCGAACACGUACAUUUACUAUCCAGAGCGAUUUACAAUCACGUUAUCUUUCGCUCUGAAUUACCAGAACCUCAGAUGUUCCAAAUCGAGACAUUUGUAACCGAAAUUCCUACACAAAAAAUUAAUCAACCAGUUUCGAAUAAUCCUAAGGCUAAGCAAUUCGAGCAGAUGCAACAGCAGCCUCAGAACGAUCAAAACGCGUUAACUUCAAUGCUCGAUUGGAAUGAUAAUUCGGAUGAUUUGUACGCCAAUGCAGAACCUAAUGCAUCCGAAAACCAAGACCUUACAAACCUUACACCUAUCAACGGUAAUACUGACGAUACACCUCAAAAUCAAGAAAUAGCCGAUGACAAACCACGAAUUCCUGCGGCAUUCGCUCAGCAAGCCAAUCAAUCAUUACUAGACUUAGAUGCUCCGCCAGCCGGACACGAAGAAUUAGGUGGCGGAUUACUUUUCGACUAUUUUGUAUCUCCAUCGUCAAAUCAACCCUCAAAACCAAAGAGAAAUCCAAGUGAAGAACUACUCGAUCAAUUCUUACACGAUCCGAAUGAUGAUAUUAGCAAUAUCCCGUUUGCCAAGCAAAUUGACGAUGAACCUCCAACAAGUGACUUCGCUCAAUUGAAUAGUAAUGGAUCUAACGGUUUAUUUGACGAUGCCGAUACUUUACAACACGUUUCUAGCGGUUUUGAUUCCUCUCCAUUUACGCCGAUUUCUCCUGUCAGUAGUACAGAAGCCUCUGAUACAUUCGAUCCAUUUUCCAAUAUUGCACCUGUACAGCAAACAAUCAAACCUCCUUCAGGAGAUAAUUUGGCAAAACCGCCAACGAGUUCGUUUGAUUCCCUUGCAAGUUCAUCAACUCCUAAGGUCUCCAAUGACGUUUUCGAUCCUUUCGCGGCCAUUCCUUCGAAGCCAUCUAAUGACCAAUUUGAUCCUUUCUCCAAUAUCUCUUCUAGUUCAUCGACAGCUAAGCCUGCCCAAGAUAAUACAUUUGAUCCGUUCUCAGCAGCUCCAACAAACAAGGGAACUCCUCAACCAUCAGCAGAUAACACUUUUGACCCAUUUGCAGCAACAAUUCCUGCGAAGACAGAGUCCAAAUUAACCCAGAAUGCUACUCCGAAGGCUAAUGUCCCAUCAACAGAAGACCAAUUUGAUCCAUUUGCAAAUAUCUCAUCAUCCAACAGCCAAAAGACACCAGCAAGCAAAGAAACAUUUGAUCCAUUUGCAAAUGUUCCUUCUGCCAAUAGUUCGGCCGCAAAUAUUUCAAUUAAGAAAGAUGAAAUCGUAGAUCCUUUCGGAAACAUUCCAUCUUCCCUCCAGAAGCCAACACCUCAGCCAUCUGCUAACAAUGUAUUCGAUCCUUUCGCUGCUGCUUCCCCUGCAACAAAUUCUUCUUUCAAAGGAACACCGCAGCCAUCAGCCAAUGGAGCAUUUGACCCAUUUGCAAGCACAGCAGUCAAACCAUCCCCUGUUGUUGUCCAAUCUUCAAACGACGAUAACACAUUUGAUCCAUUCUCCAACAUUUCAUCGAAUCCAGCCCCAGCAACUAAAUCUCCGGCAUCCAAGCCAUCAUCACCAAGCAUUAAUUCUCUUAAUUUAUCAAAUAAUGACGAUACAUUCGAUCCAUUUUCAAAUAUUCCAUCCAAAACAACAAAUACAGUUAAAUCUCCUGCUACAAAUCCGGUUUUGGAUACUCCGAAAGUCGAAACUUCAUCAAAUAACGAUGAUACUUUCGAUCCUUUCGCAAAUAUCUCCUCAAAACCAGCUCAAACUGCCAAAUCCCCUUCAAUAAAGGCAUCCAAUCCACAAAGAGCCGUUAAUUCUCCAAGUACUGACAACACAUUCGAUCCAUUUUCAAGUAUUCCUUCCAAACCAGUCCAACAGACUCCAUCGUCUAAACCCGCAACACCUAAAGUUGACCAACCAUCAGCAGGAAGUACUUUUGAUCCAUUUACGAAUAUCUCAUCCACUCCAAAGCAGAACAAACCAACUCCUCAGCCAUCAGUCAAUGAUACAUUUGAUCCAUUCUCAGGAUUGACAUCAAAACCAGCUCCUGUUGCAUCAAAUCCAUCCCAAAUUAGUUCAUUUGAAAAAGUUACUCCGAAAUCGCCAUCCACUGAGACAUUUGAUCCAUUCCUAGACAUUUCCAAGCCAAAGCCAGCACCAGCAAGUUCAUUUGAACCCAUUUCACCCAAAGAAGAAACAUUUGAUCCAUUUGAAAAAAAUUCUUCAUCGCAAACUCCUUCAAAACCACAGAAAUCAACGGAUGCAUUCGAUCCUUUCGUCAGCAUCCAACAGAAACCAUCGAAUCCAGAUGUAUUUGACUCAUUAGGACUUACUCCUGUUCGAGCAACAUCUCCAAAGACUACGAACAUGAUCAACAAAGACAUUGAUUUAUUUGUUGAACCUCCACCUCCAAAACAACCAUCAAUCAAUGCUUUUGCAGCACCAAAGCAGCCAUCAAUUAAUUCAUUCGCUGCUCCUAAGCAACCUUCUAUUAAUUCAUUCACUCCUAUUAACAACAAAUCUUCAUUUGACCCAAUAAAUAAAUCACCGUCAAAUGAACAAAUUUUUGAUCCUUUUGCAAAAAGUGACACUCAAAAACCGUCACCAAAAGUUCAUGUGCAAACCAAGCAAGGAGUUGAUGCAUUUGAUUUAUUGAAUAGUAAUAAUAACAAACAGAGUUUAUAUGAUCCAUUUGGAAAUAAAGCAAAUUCAAAUCCAUUUGGAGCACCUCAAGCAGCGCAAAACAAUAAAUCAAAUGAUAUUUUCGCUGAUACAUUUACACCAAUACAGAGAUCGAGAUCUUCCAUUGUAAAGAAUCCUUCUCAAAACGCUUUUGAUCCUUUCAUUUCACCUAACCCCCAAAAAUCUGCCAACGGAACAAGUUUCGAUCCAUUUAAUGACCCUGUUCUUCCGAAGAGUUCUUCAACGCCGAUCAAGCAUGGUAAUGAUGUAUUUGAUGUUCUUGAUAAGCAACCAAACAACGAGUUAUACGACCCGUUCGGAAGCAAACCAAAGAAAACAGGAAUUCCUCUGACAAGAGGAAGUUCUGGCGGUUCUAAUGAAUUGUUUGAUCCGUUUAAACCGACAACAACAACUGCAAAACAACCACCAGCAUCUUCUACAACAACUACUACAACAUCUGGGAGAUUCUCUAUUCAGAGGACAUCGUCCAAGCCCUCAGUUGACUCCCUAGCACAAGUAUCUCCGAAACCACGGGGUUCUGCACCAAACGUUUUCGAUUUGCUUUAA